AUGGGAAUCCACGGAAUCGGCCUGGGAUUGUAUAAAUACAUCAUAACAUGCCUUGUCAUCUUUGGAGGUCUUACCUCAGUUGUACGUGCUGAGUUUAACUACAAGGUCACCCUUAAAAAGUCGAUUAUUUUCUUGGAGGCACAGAGGUCCGGAAAGCUCCCGACAAACCACAGGCCGUCUUGGAGAGGAGAUUCUGCUCUGCAAGAUGGCAAACUUGUUAAUGAGGACCUUGUGGGAGGAUACUAUGACGUGGGUGAUAACGCCAAGUACGGCCUCCCAAUAGCUUUUACUGUGACAACCUUAGCAUGGGCUGCUAUCUCUUAUAAAUCUGAGCUGCAAGCAGCUGGAGAAAUGGAAAAUGUCCGCGCUGCUGUCCGCUGGGGCACUGAUUAUCUUCUGAAGGCCAGUGGCAGACGUCAUCGCUUGUAUGUCAGGGUAGGAGAUCCUGAAAAGGAUCACGAAUGCUGGAUUAGUCCGGAAAACAUGAAAACACCUAGAACUGUAUUGAAGAUUGAUCGGAGUACACCUGGAACUGAGAUCGCAGCGGAGACUUGCGCUGCACUGGCAGCUGCUUCUAUGGUCUUUAGAAGGGCUGAUCAUGCUUAUGCUCGCCGUCUCCUUAACAGAGAAAAGCAGCUCUUCUUCUUUGAAAAGAAAUACAAGGGAACCUAUGAUGGAGAAUGUCCCUUCUAUUGCUCCAACUCAGGCUAUAAUGAUGAGUUGUUGGGGGCAGCAACGUGGCUAUAUAAAGCAACUAGAAGAUCAACGUACAUGGAUUAUAUACGAGAUGAGGCCAUAAGUGCUGCUGUUUCUGAGUUUAGUUGGGACCUUAAAUAUGCUGGAGCACAAAUUCUCCUCUCGUAAUUCUACAUGGAGGGCCAAGGAUUUGCACACUUUCAAGGAAGAGCUGACAGCUCUGUAUGUUCUAUACUUCCUGAUAGCCCCUAUCACCAGGUUUACAUUUCUCCAGGAGGAUUGCUUCAUCUAAGAGAUGGAGCUAACACCCAAUAUGUCACUGGCACUGCUUUCCUGUUUAGUGACUAUGGCGAUCUGCUAGCAAACCAUAAACAACAAGUCAUUUGUGGUGACAAGAAAUUUGGUUCCGAUCGUUUGAUGGCCUUUGACAAGCAACAGAUGGACUAUAUACUAGGCAAGAACCCGAGAAAAAGAUCAUACAUGGUUGGAUUUGGCAACAAACCCCCAACACAAGCCCACCACAGGGGUUCUUCUGUCCCCCGAAUGCCUCCGAAUAAAGAAGUUAACUGCGGUAUGAGCUUCGUCUAUUGGUACAACACAAAUGAACCCAACCCCAACGAGCUAACGGGCGCUAUUGUCGGUGGGCCCGACAAGAACGAUAACUUUGAAGAUAAACGUGCAAAUUCGUCCAUGACUGAACACAACUACAUCAACUCAUUGGCGGUUGGUGUGCUAGCAAAGCUUGCUGGAUACUCUCAUGCUCGAUGA